UAUAUUAAGGUUAAAGCAAAAAACAGUAUUUUCAAAAUGUAUUUUUCUUUUUCGUCAAUAAAUUCAACUUAAGUUUCCACGAUCAACUUAAGACGAAGAUCUAAAAUGAAAUUGUUUUCUAAUCCUAUUGCACUCUCUGUUAUUGGAUCUGACUCUCAUAUUCUAUACAGAUGUCACUGUGAAGAGUAUAAACCUAUAACUAUGCUGUACUUUUGUCGGCACUGUACAAAACUAAGGUGUACCAAAUGUGUUACACAUGAGGUUGAUUCAUUUUAUUGUCCAAACUGUUUGGAAAACAUGCCAUCUGCUGAAGCAAAAUUAAAAAAAAAUCGAUGCGCAAAUUGUUUCGAGUGUCCAAGUUGCAGUCACACACUGUCUGUCAGAGCAACAGCACUGGUUGGAACUGAUGAAAGCUCUACAACUGAUCCAGGAAAUCCAUCAAGCACUAAAAAGUAUCAUUAUUUAAAUUGCAGCUUUUGUCGUUGGACAACACGAGAUGUUGGUUUGAUCGAUCACUCUGCUCCUAGUGGAGGUUGGGUUGAUGUUGAACUUCCUUUUGCAAAAAACUUGCAGCUACUAUUAGAUAAUUAUAAAAAAUUAGCCCAUCAAGACAAAAUUGAAAAAGAGAGACAAAAAAUUUCUAAACGAAGAACAAAUUUAUAUUUAAUGGAUCGAUAUGGCUAUGCCCUUUCUCUUGGUAAAAAGAGGACAACUAGCAUGGGUUCACCAUCAAGUUCACCUUUGGCAAGGUCUAGUCUAAACUCCUCUAUACAUAAAGAAGCUGUUCCAUUAUUUUCAGAAUCAUUGACUGACAUUCCGCCUAUUGAUGAUUCAUAUUACACCAACCCUGUUUCUUUGGAGACUGUGUUAAAUUUAAAUCAAUCAUUACAAACCCCGGGUACUCAACCACACUAUGCAAAACAGUUGUACCCUAAACAAAAGCAUUUGAUGGUUCGAAGGUCUCAAAGAUGCAAGGAGUGUGAACAUAAUUUGUGUAAGCCAGAGUUUAAUCCUUCUUCAAUAAAGUUUAAAAUUCAACUUGGUGGAAUGCAGUAUUGUCCCAUCCUUCAAAUUCACAAGAAUUUUCACAAUACACAUCUUUAUCAUGAUGAAGAAAAUGAAGUUAUUUUAUCUGUUACAAAUCCACUUGAUACAGUUAUGAAUGUCUCAUUCACUAAAACAGUCAAUGAAGAUUUGGCAAAAGCUACUGGUUUGAUAAUACUUCCAACUGCUAAAAUUCCAAUUUCUCCAAAAGAUGCUACCAUAGAAUUUGAUGGAAUUGGAAAUGCUGCUGUAAAUAUGUUCAAUGAUGAUCCACAAAUUAUUUAUCAACGGUCAGGCAAUAAAAUAUCUUUCUAUGCAAAAGUAAAACCAUUGGUUAAAGAUGCUGACAUUGUAGUCUCCUUUGAUUUGUGUUAUGAAUACAAAAUGAUAACCGCGCCGUUAAUUACUAAAGUUGAAGAUGGACAAGACAAAGGAUGUACUCCGCAAGAAUUUCCUGUUGCACUUGGUAUUCCAAUCAGAAUUAAUUUUGGUAAAGUAAAAACUCAUUAAAUUAAUUUUUCGAAAAGUUUAUUAUUUUCGUGACUACUUUAAAUAUAAACUUGCUGAUAAUUUUGAACUUAAAUGUUGGCCUCACAAAUGUUGGUUUUAAUACAGAUUAUAUAAACGAAUAUUAUUUAUAAAUGUAAACAAAGGGUUGACCAUGUUGAAAGUUAGUUUACAGGUAUACGUAGAAAAAUUUUUUUUCGAUAAUGAAGAAAUUAACAAGUCAAAUUAUUUAGUAGUAUGGAAUAUUGGAUGUGCAUUUUUUUUACUUUUUUUGUUGCAUAGACUAAGAGGGAUGUUAGAGACAGAACCCUUUUAUCUUGUUUUGCUUUUUUAAUGAAUUUGGUAUUUUAAUAAGCACUUAUUCUGCGUCAAGAAUUUUUUUAUUUUAGUAGUUAUGAUUAAUUUUUAUUUUUGUUUUGAAUGAUGUAUUUAUUUUCAUUAU